AUGUCUCUCCCAGCUGAAGAACAUCACCUCCAUACCCGUGCCUUCAAGCACAUGUGGGCACGACACGUCACCCAAAAAGGCUUCGAAGAUGAUGUCCAAGCCGCAGCCAAGCGCGUAAUACAAGCUCAACAAGAGCAUCCCGAGCUUUUCCCAAAGAAAGUCCAUGAAGACGAAGGCGUCAGUAAGAUUCUUGACAAGACCCAGAAGCUUACUGGUGUUGGCUUCGUCCCCAGAAAGUCCAACCAUCUUGAGAUUGGUAUCAUCGGUGCUGGUGUCGCUGGACUUUUCACUGCCAUGGUAUUUGACUGGCUGAAUGAGCAGUGCGAAAAGGAGGGACUGAAGAUUGAAACCUUCCAGCUGUUCAAUUACAUCGGCCUCAAGCCAGGAAAAGGCGGAUUGAUCCCAUACUACAUUGGAGAUGAGGACAAUGUCUGCCCAACAUACUUCAAUGAUGUUUCCGGUGUCGGAAAUGUCUGGACGGCUGAAGCGAAUGACCCAUUCAAGAUCAACGAGGGUCUUCCUGAUAAAGCCAAGAUCCCCGUUCACCUACUCCAAGUGAACCCUUCAGACCUAGUCAGUGAGGCCUUGGAAGACUUCAUCAAGGUGGCUGCAGAGAAGUUCAAGAAAGCUGUUGAGGAGAAUGACGAGAAGGGACCGGAGACGACCAAGCUUUGGGCCCUUCUGAUGGAGGCUGAUAAGCUUAGCACUCGUCAGUUCCUCUCUUCGGGAGAUGGUGACAGAAAAAAGAGGGAGGGCAAGCCCAAGGACAAUUCUGGUCCCAUUCCCGAGGGCCCGGGGUACAACUACAACACCAUUGAGUGGCUCGAGUCUGCCACAUAUGGUACUGGUUGGUGCGACCAAUCUCUCACAGAAUGCGUUCUUGAAGAACUAGACUUUGCAACUCCCAAACCAAUCGAUGGCCAACCCACCAACUACUGGUGGUGCAUUGACGGCGGCGCUCAAACCAUUGCGCAUCGCAUGGCGAAAAUGAUCAAGCAGCCCGUCCAAUACAACAGCCAAGUCGUCGCCAUAGACGCGCAAGUCGAAGAGCGCAAGAAGCGCAAGCCGAAGGAUUUUACGUCGAUGAAACUCCGUAUCAACAAGAACCAGGUUGUCAAGGAAAAGGAGUACUUUGCUGUGUUCAACAGUACAACGCUUGGUGCUCUUCAGAGAAUGGAUCUCAAGGAUGCGGGUCUACUCUGGGGCACAAAGCAGGCCAUUCGGGCGUUGGGAUAUGGUGCUUCGUGCAAGGUUGGUAUCAAGUUUGAGACUGCGUGGUGGCAGAAGCCUCCGUUCAACAUCAAGAAAGGCGGCAUUGCGCAUACUGAUCUUCCUCUUCGGGUUUGCGUGUAUCCGUCCUACAACAUUGAGUCCAAUGAGGGCCAGGAUUGGGAUCCCAACAAGCCUGCUGUGCUUCUGUGCUCAUACACCUGGGGCCAGGAUGCGCAGCGCAUCGGAUCUCUGAUCUCACCCGAGACGCCGAAGAACGAAGAGCAGCUCCUCUCUGUGCUUCUUCAUGAUCUUGCGCUGUUGCACUCAAAGCAGAGCGACUACACAUACGAUCAGCUUCUCGCUCUUCUGAAGGAUCAGUACCAGGACCAUCAUGCGUACGAUUGGUACAGAGACGAGAACAUGUCUGGUGCUUUCGCAUACUUUGGACCAAGUCAAUUCUCCAAUAUGUGGUCCGAGAUCAUCAAGCCCAACGCCUAUGGUCAACUGUACCUCAUCGGCGAAGUCUCCUCUUCCCACCACGCAUGGAUUGUCGGCGCCCUUGAGAGUGUCAUUCGUGCAGUAUAUCUGAUGUUCGAAGGUCUUCAAAAGCAGGAACCUGACAACGCAGCUUACAAGAAAGCCAUUGAGCUUUUGAGUAAAGAACCCGACACUCCCAAAGAAGGCGGUGAUGUCUUUGGUGGAUUUCCGGGUGAUAAGCCCCAAGAGCCUCAGAAGCUACCAUCUGGUCUUCCGUUCCACCCAUUGCCGGAGGAGAUGCCCAAGAGACAACUGGAUGCUGACCGUGAUGCGAAGUUGGUGAGGGAUCCGUUGGAGGAUGUCAAGUUUGGUGAUGAGGUUUCGCUUCUGUUCUCGAGUGCUAUGAUCACGUUGAGCUUGAUUGAGAGUUUCUUUGAGUUGCAAGUCGAUGAGGCCAAGGACAAGCCCCAGUAA